AUGUCACCACCCGAACAUGUGCUCUUGACUGGUGGAAAUGGGGUUGUGGGCAGUGCAGUACUAGUGGCCCUUUGUAAAGCCGGGUACCAAGUGCGUGCGGUCGUCCGCAGGCAAGAUGCCAUCGACAAGGCAACAGCCCACCCCCUCAUCAAGCGGUUGUCCAGCCAAAUCCAGUGGAGCAUUGUACCGGAUAUCUCCGAGCCAGAUGCGUUCCUUGAGGUUGUGAUGGGCUGUAGUUACAUCGUUCAUGUGGCUUCUCCCAUCCCUACUGUUCCUCCUCGACCCAUGGAUAUGCGUACGCCGGCACAAGACGGCACAAAAGCCAUCCUCAAUGCCGCAGAGUGCGAGCCCCUGGUAAAGAGGGUGGUGAUCACCGGUUCUAUCGCAUCGCUCGUGAAUCCGGGAGACCCUAGAUUCACACACCCCAACUGCGAGACUUCCGAGACAAUGCCUUUGAUGACGGGGGCCACAUACUUCCCUCUGCCGGCUGAAAGACCGGACGACAAUGCCCCCGUGUUCCAACGAUAUGUGGACUCCAAGAUUGCAAGCGGCAACCUUGCGAGGGAAUACGCUGCCACAAACCCCGAGUCACAUUUCCAAAUUGUACUCCUUUGCCCUGGAUGGGUUCUAGGGCCAGGCCUGUUCAUCACCAAUAGAGCCGAGGCAAUGGGGACGGCCAACCUCACACUGUCCUGGGUGAUGGCCGACCUGCGUGAAGUCAUCAACCCGGUAUUAGUGGGCGUUCCCAUAGAGCAGAUGACACCUAUUCGUGGUGAGUUUGUCUGGAUCGACGAUGUGGCGCUUGGCCACGUCAGGGCACUCUCGGUGCCCUUACCGUCCCGGAACAACCUUGAGGUAUGGGUCAUGGCAGUAGAAUCGCCUCAUGGAGCACGCAUCGAGGACGCGCAGGGGAUCAUCAAGCGGAGAUUGCCCGAGCUUGCGAAGAAACUGACUUUCCCUGGCAAGGUGCGGACUCAUACGGUCAAUUUUGACGCUACUAGAGCGGAGGAUGAGCUGCUGGGUAAGAAGUAUGUGCCCUUUGAGGACCAGGUCGUGAGGGCUGUGGAAUGGAUGAUUAGUUUGCCUGGUGGCGAGCCACCAUGUCCAUGA